AUGGAGGCUGGACGUUGGAAUCCAGUGCUGAGAAGAAGACGAGUGGGAAACCAAGGCAGUAGAUCAAUGGAAAAUGGAUUGUUUACGAUCUUUGUAGAUGAGAUUCCAAACUCAAUGAAUCCAAAGAGUCUGUUUACUUUGUUUAAUAAGUUUGGAGUAGUUAAGGAUGCUUUCAUCCCAGCAAAAAGAAGAAAAGCAAUGAGAUCAAGGUUUGGUUUCGUGAGAUAUGAUUGCAAGGCUGCUACUGAAAUGGCAGUGUUUAAGGCUGAUGGCCUGUGGUGUGACAACAAGGCACUGAAAGUGAAGAAAGCAGAGUUCAAAAAAGAGAAGAAAAGAGAAGAAAAAUUAAAAAUUUAG